GACUACAGUAUAAAGCUACAAUUUUAACACUAAAUAUUUUGGUUUCUUGGGUGCGCUUUUGUUUCAGGUCAACCUCGAGCAAGAGCAUUUGUUAAAGUUCUACCUCAGAGGCAUGGGUGUUGAUGAGGAGCCUAAAGACGUACUGGAGAUUGACCAUAGCACUGGCGAAAUUUUUGUGCAUAAGAAGAUCGACUAUGAGAUGUAUCCGUAUCUCUCGCUCAGGUUUGAAGCGAGGGAUAGAAAACACAACGUGGACACGGAACUCGGUAUUGAAAUCAGGAUCCUGGAUAUUAACGAUCACGCGCCGGUUUUUAGUAACAACCACUACGAGACGAAUGUUGAUGAAUCUGCACUUCAAGGCGAAACUGUUACAAGAGUUUUCGCUUCAGAUGAUGACGACUCGAAUUCAGCCAAUGGGAUCUUCACAUUCACACUCGUCUCAGUCACACCAGAAACAGAUAAUGUGGAAUUUUACAUCACACAGAACCACAACAUAGGAAGUAUUUCCUUUACAGGCUGCUUGGACUAUGAGAAAGCACAGAAAUAUACCCUCCUGAUCGAAGCCAAAGAUUAUGGAGACAAAAUACAGCUGUCCAGCACGACCACAGUGGUCCUAAACAUCGUGGACAAAAACAAUCACCGUCCGGAAAUCAUCGGUCAAACAGGUCCUGGAAGGGUAAAAGAACUAGAGACUGGUGUGGAAGUUCUUCGCUUGCAGAUCAGUGACAAAGACAAUCCACAAUCACUAGCCUACAAAGCUAAGUUUAGUCUUCACGGAGAUCCGGAAAACUAUUUCGAAAUCCACACCGACCACAACACUAAUGAAGGAAUUUUGAAAGUUGUAAAGGCGAUGGAUUAUGAGAUCCAAACUUCAAGAAAUGUGUCCAUCACUGUGCAAAACGAGGAGAUCUAUUUCUCCUGCAAGGUGAAAACCCGGACUUCGAAUGGAUUAUGGGAUUUGGAAAGUCGAGAAGAACCUGGCAUGAGUGCACCUUACACAGUGAGCAUUGCUGUUGAGGACACCAAUGAGCCUCCAGAAUUUGUAGCACCUGUUAUACAGAUAGUGGUCCAAGAGAACACAUACAUAAAAACCCCCUUGAAAACCCUUACAGCCGUAGACCCGGAUAGGAAUUAUAAAAACUCAUUUCACUUCAUUAAAGGAGAAGAUAAAGACAACUGGGUGAAUGUAGAUCCAGAAUCUGGAGAGGUUACUAUGGCCAAAAUAGUGGACAGAGAAUCACCAUAUGUUAAAGACAAUACUUACAAUGUUACUGUGUACGUUGUUGAUGAUGAUCAACCUCCAAAGACAGGAACAGGGACACUGGUCAUCUAUGUAAGUGAUCAGAACGAUAAUGUACCACUUUUGAAAGUGAACACAGUAAGCAUGUGUUUAUCCGAGAAGGAAACCAUGACACCGAUCACCGCUGUAGAUCAGGACCUGCCACCCUACAGUGCACCAUUUCACUACAAGCUACUGGGUGAUGUUGAGGGAAAAUGGAGGAUUGAUCCAGAAUAUGGGACGACUGUGAGCCUUAUCCGAGAAAAAACAGUCUAUUCAGGCCAUUAUGAGAUUCAAUUUAAAAUAUUGGACAACCAGGGCUUUGGUUUGGUCCAAAACCUGUCUGUCACUGUGUGUAACUGCACCAUCACACCCGACUGCCACGUUCGAAGGUCAUUCACGGCUCGACCGAGUCUUAGCGCAAUGGGGAUUAUACUUCUUGCUUUUCUGGUUUUAAUAGUGACCCCACUAAUGGCAUUCUCCCAAAGAAAAAAAGUAAUCUUUCAGUACGAUGGUGCUCCAGAUGGGACUCUCAUGAAAUCAAACAUCGAGAUGCCUGGCACAGACUGUAAGGUUUUCUUACUCUAAAAUCACAUGUAAAAUAACUCAUGUGGACGUGAGCAAAGCAGAGCAGCAUGUGGACGCACAAAAGCAUUUCCAAACAACAUUAAAUGCUUUACAAUGUAUGUACUGACUCUUCGUAUUGAUAUUGCAUGGAACUGUAUUUACUCCAUAGUUUUAUAUAUGCAAUAUGGAACAUAUUCUUAAUAUAUAAUGCAUGAAAACGAAAAACAUUUUCAUUACUGUGAUUAACUUUGCUGUCAUGUAGCUAGCCACUUUAUCUCUACGUACAUGUAAGCUAAUAAAAUGGUGACAUUAUGACUGAUACUUAAUAAGAUGAUAUUUAACAAUCAAAGCCCCGAAUGUGUUCAAUUCUACUGUUAUGAAAUAAUUUUGAGCCGCCAUAAUGAAGAAGUCUGCUUUACAACUUGUGGCUACGGUGCUACAUUGUGUCAUUAGCAUGUUAGCAUGCUUAUAGCUAAUGAUAUCGGAUACUGACAGCGAAGUAGAGGGAAGGAAAAAAAAUCUAAUAUUAUGUGGAAAAUCUGUAUUGAAGGAAAAUAUUUUUUGCUAGUAUUAUCGUGGGUAAUAUGAUGCUGUGAAUAUUUAUGUAACAAACAAAUGUAAUUUUUUUUUAUGUUUCUUGUUAUUUGUUUAAUAAAAAUGCCAUUGAUUGGCAAAUUCA